AUCGUUCGAAUCCAUUAACGCAUUUAAGGGGAAAAAAAGGCGAAAAAAGGAAAAACAAAAAUAGUACAUACCAGAAGCGACCCUGUGGAAGCUCCGAAAGCAAGGGAGCGGCGGCGACGAUGGCUUCUUGCAGCUCUCUCCAGCGAACCCUUUUCCUCACUCUCCCACCCCAAAUCCCGAAAAUUUUCGAUCCCUCGACAGCCGUUGCAAGCUAUCCCACCACCAUAUAUGGCGUCGCUUGGAAGCCGCUCUCCUCGAUCCGGUGCAAGAACGUUAGAUCCGUCUCGGCGCUGGCUUCCUCUUCGACGGACGACCUCCGGCCGGCGCUGGACGAGAACCCGGAAGGCAUUAUCUCAGGCGAGUGGCCGGAGAACUUCUCCCUCCUCAGCUACGACGACCUCCGAGCCUAUCUCGAGACCCAGAUCAUCAGCGACAAGAUGAAGCCGACGGCGCUGUUGGGGGAGGUGAUGUCGACGCAGAUCCGGACGGCGACGGCGGAUCAGACGCUGGAGGAGAUCGAGCACCACUUUCAGGUGGUGUCGGGGCUACCGGUGAUCGAUGCGGAUCUCAAGUGCAUUGGAGUAAUUUCCAAAAAGGACAAGACCAAAGCCUCUUGUGGG